UCUUCAGCAUUUCCAGUUAAAGUGCCCACCCAAUGUCCACGUUCUAGAUUACUUCUGGAUCCUGGAACACUCCUAGUCAACAUCUCUGUUCCGUUGUCACCGCAGGCGUGUUUUAAGUGCUAGGUUAGAUGCUAAAUUCCAGGCAUGUAUUUUUUCCCAGGUAAAUUCAGAUAUUUAGAUAAUCCCCCCAAGCCAAAUUCUGAUCCCACCAUCUCCUCAGACAUGUUCCAAAUUUUUAGAAACCAGUCCUUGCUUAUUCUCUGCUAAAUGUUCAUUUUAAGUGUGUUUUAAGUUCCAGCCACAUCCUUGGCAUCGUUCCAGAUUUUAUUAUCUUUCCAGGGGCAUUCUAAGGUCUAGAAUAUGUGUCUUCCAGUUAUGCGCUCUUUCUCCAAAUUAUGCUGUCAAUUCUAGAAUGCACUUUUCUGCUUUGGAUUCCAUCCAAUCCUACAGUCUUAAAUCUAGAGGAGUCCCACCGAAGUGUUCCACCUUACAUCUUCCUUUCUCAGGUUAUAGAUUCUAUUUCCACUUUCUCUGUCCAGCUUUUCCUUAGUGUGACGUUAGUUUAGAACUUGUUCCCCUGGUGGAUUGCAGGCUUCCUCCUCCAUCUGCCACUUCAGCAUUCUAAGCAUGCUCUAGGCUCACUCCUGUUCUGGAGUCUUCAGCCUAGAAAUGUCCUCAUUUCCAGAACAUCCCUCCUCGCCUUUGCCAGCUCAGUCCUUAUGCCAGUAAAUUCUCUACUCCCAGCAUGCAUCCUUCUGCAUCUUCCCCCAGGCACUUCUAAGUUCCACGCAAACUCCUUGCUACUCUGUAGGUUUUUCCUCACCUCCAGGGCACGUUUUGAAUUCUAGAGCACAUCUUCUGCAUUCUGAGUUCUAGCAUUAUCGAGACACAUAAUGAAACCAAGAAUGCAACUCUCGCUAUACUCUGUCAUACCUACAUCCCUGGUAGAUUCUGAGUUCUACGUUAUGUCUCCUGACUAGGCUUGUUGUGCAUUACAUUAGAUAUAUUCCUAAAUAUAAUCCUGGGGUCACCCAGAUGCUCUUUAAAUUAUCGAUUGCUCUCGGCUGAUUCAAAGUUCCAGACCUGGGUUCUAGAAUAUGUCCCGUGUGCGGCUGUUACCCCAAGCACCUUGUAAAUGUGGGAGCAUAUAUCCUUUUGGCACUCUGUACUGUGUCUACAUGCCAGUGACUUUCUAGAUCUUUGCCCAGCCUUGCUACGUUUUGUUUGUUUCUCAGUGAAUUUAAAGUUCUAGCGCAGCCUCCCUAAAGCAUAUUGGGUUGCAUCUCCUGAGUAGGUUCUCAUUUUUAGCUACCAUGUUAAUUUGGGACCGAAGGAUGGUCUGCCCUCUUACAAACAUUUUCCUAAAUCUGGCCUCUGAGCGCUGGGUUUCACGUAUCUAGAUUCCCAGAUGCACCUGCUCAGAGACCCAAAGGAUGCAGCUGCCUCUUCCCUCCAGGUCCCAGGGCUCUCAGUCCCCUCCUCUGAUUACAGGAGUCCAAGGCUCCAGUCCCAGGCUUUGGACACAGUCUGCAUUGGGUGGGGCUGGGAAUUAUCUACUCUCAGAACCGGUUAUGCCUCUGCCGGAAGGGAGAGAAGGAAAGGAGGGAACAGAGUGAAAGUCCCUCCCGCUUUCUGCUGGGCCAGCUGGGCCUGUCUGACCUGAUGUGAGCGUGGGAGCAGCUCAGGAGACCUCGCUUCAUCUCCGCCCGCAGCUCGUGUACCCGGACUCCUGGGCCCUGGGGGAGGUGGGGUCUGAAGGCUGGGAUUUCAAGGUCCAAGGUUGGAGGUCGAAAGCCCAGACUCAUACCCCAGGGGAGGAAGGAGUGUGGUGUCUGACUCUGGGAUGGAGAAGGAGGGGUCUGGAGGCUCACACUCCUGAGUCCGGGGAAGGGAAGGGCCUCCAGGACCUAGACUCCUGUGACCUGAGGAAGGAGGGAGCUGAAUCCCGGACACCUGGGUCAUAGGAGAUGGCUAUCACGCUGGAUGCCCACCAUGCUUUCCCCCAUCCCCCACCAAGUCUGGAGCAGAGGUCCAGAUGAGAAAUGGAAGGAGGGAGGAGCUGGAUAGCAGGCAGCCACAUAUCAGUGGCCUAAUUCCGUGACCCCAGUCCCGUGUCCCUCUGCAGGCAUGGUCCUCUGCUGGGGCUCAGUUGUCUCACUGAGGCAGUGGGUUGAGGGGGAUCCUCAGCAGGGCCAAAACAGAUAGAGACUGAUUUUUCCAGUCACUGAGUCAAUGCCUGGGUCACCAACUUCGGUUCUCGGACUAGGCUAGGCCUAGAUUUGCCGCCAGGGCCUGACAGAGUCUGACCUCGGUUUCCCCAAAUACUCUCACGCAGGUAGCCAGGCCCGGUGUCCUGAGGGCAGAGUUUUAGUUUAUCCUGUGCUAUGAUCAGAAUGGACAGGCCUCAGUUUCUUCUGUGCAAUGCCUGGGUGGUCCGACCAGUUUCCUCUAUGUAGUAUCAGAGUGGCCCGCUGUGCCUCAUUUUCUCUGCCUGUGUCUUCACGAGGCCGGUCUCUGCUCCCUGGCCCCUCCCCGCACCUGCAGGCCAGCACCGCCGCCAUGAUGUGCGAGGUGAUGCCCACCAUCAGCGAGGAUGGCCGGCGGGGCUCGGCGCUGGGCCCGGACGAGGCGGGCGGCGAGCUGGAGCGCCUCAUGGUCACGAUGCUCACGGAGCGCGAGCGCCUGCUGGAGACGCUGCGCGAGGCGCAGGACGGGCUGGCUACGGCGCAGCUGCGGCUGCGCGAGCUGGGCCACGAGAAGGACUCGCUGCAGCGCCAGCUCAGCAUCGCCCUGCCCCAGGAGUUUGCGGCUCUGACGAAGGAGCUGAACUUAUGUCGGGAGCAGCUGCUGGAGCGGGAGGAAGAGAUUGCAGAGCUGAAGGCGGAGCGGAACAACACGAGGCUUCUCUUGGAACACCUGGAGUGCCUGGUGUCCAGGCACGAGAGGUCACUGCGCAUGACCGUGGUGAAGCGCCAGGCCCAGUCUCCCGGCGGGGUCUCUUCCGAGGUGGAGGUGCUCAAGGCUCUAAAAUCCCUUUUCGAGCACCACAAGGCCCUGGAUGAGAAGGUCCGGGAGCGACUGCGGAUGGCGCUGGAGCGGGUGGCAGCGCUAGAGGAGGAGCUGGAGCUGAGCAACCAGGAGACUCUGAGCCUUCGAGAGCAGCUGUCUAGACGCCGGUCUGGGCUGGAGGAGCCUGGCAAGGAAGGGGACGGGCAGACCCUUGCCAAUGGCCUGGGUCCUGGCGGGGACUCUAGCCGACGCACGGCAGAGCUGGAGGAGGCCCUGGAGCGGCAGCGUGCGGAGGUGUGCCAGCUGCGGGACCGCCUGGCGGUGUUGUGCCGCCAGAUGAGCCAGCUGGAGGAGGAGCUGGGCACCGCCCACCGCGAGCUGGGUAAGGCCGAGGAAGCUAACGCCAAGCUCCAGCGCGACCUCAAGGAGGCGCUGGCUCAGCGGGAGGAUAUGGAGGAACGGAUCACGACGCUGGAGAAGCGCUAUCUGAGUGCCCAGCGCGAGGCCACGUCUCUGCACGACGCCAACGACAAACUGGAGAACGAGUUGGCCAGCAAGGAGUCGCUGUACCGGCAGAGUGAAGAGAAGAGUCGUCAGCUGGCGGAGUGGCUGGACGACGCCAAGCAGAAGCUGCAGCAGACCCUGCAGAAGGCGGAGACCUUGCCCGAGAUCGAGGCGCAGCUGGCCCAGCGAGUGGCAGCGCUCAAUAAGGCUGAGGAACGUCAUGGGAAUUUUGAGGAGCGGCUUCGGCAGCUGGAGGCCCAGUUGGAGGAGAAGAACCAGGAGCUACAGCGGGCCCGGCAGCGGGAGAAGAUGAACGAUGACCACAAUAAGCGGUUGUCUGAAACAGUGGACAAACUGUUGAGCGAAUCCAAUGAGAGGUUACAGCUUCACCUCAAGGAGCGCAUGGGGGCGCUGGAGGAGAAGAACUCCCUGAGUGAGGAGAUUGCCAAUAUGAAGAAGCUUCAGGACGAGCUGCUGCUGAACAAAGAGCAGCUCUUGGCAGAGAUGGAGCGAAUGCAGAUGGAGAUUGACCAGCUGCGGGGGAGGCCACCAUCCUCCUACUCCAGGUCUCUCCCUGGCAGUGCCCUGGAGCUCCGUUACUCCCAGGCACCUACCUUACCUUCUGGUGCCCACCUGGACCCCUAUGGGGCUGGCAGCGGCCGGGCAGGCAAGAGGAGCCGCUGGUCAGGAGUCAAGGAUGAGCCCUCUAAGAGGGAUGAUGGGAGACAGGAGUGGGAGCGAUCUGCCCCUGCGGGGUCCAUGCCACCCCCGUUUCCUGGGGAACUGGAUGGCUCAGAUGAGGAGGAGGCAGAGGGGAUGUUUGGGGCUGAGCUGCUGUCCCCCAGUGGGCAGGCGGACGUACAGACACUGGCCAUCAUGCUUCAGGAGCAGCUAGAAGCCAUCAACAAGGAGAUCAAGCUCAUCCAAGAGGAGAAGGAGACAACGGAACAAAGGGCAGAAGAGCUGGAGAGCCGGGUGUCGGGCUCCGGCCUGGACUCGCUGGGCCGCUACCGCAGUAGCUGCUCACUACCCCCCUCCCUCACCACCUCUACCCUUGCCAGCCCUUCCCCUCCCAGUUCCGGCCACUCAACACCCCGUCUGGCACCCCCUAGCCCUGCCCGCGAGGGCACCGACAAAGCUAAUCAUGUCCCCAAGGAGGAACCUGGGGCUCCACGAGGAGAGGGGCCAGCCAUCCCAGGAGACACCCCACCUCCCACGCCCCGCUCUGCCCGACUUGAGAGAAUGACCCAAGCUUUGGCACUGCAGGCGGGAUCCCUGGAAGAUGGGGGACCCCCACGGGGAAGUGAGGGUACCCCAGAUUCCCUGCACAAAGCCCCCAAAAAGAAGAGCAUCAAGUCAUCCAUAGGCCGUCUCUUUGGCAAGAAAGAGAAGGGGCGAAUGGGACCCCCUGGUCGCGACAGCUCUUCCCUGGCUGGAACACCCUCCGAUGAGACGUUGGCCACUGACCCUCUGGGGCUAGCCAAGCUGACAGGCCCGGGAGACAAGGACCGAAGGAACAAGAGGAAGCAUGAACUUCUGGAGGAGGCCUGCCGCCAGGGCCUGCCCUUUGCCGCCUGGGAUGGCCCCACCGUGGUCUCCUGGCUGGAGCUGUGGGUCGGCAUGCCUGCGUGGUAUGUGGCCGCCUGCCGGGCCAAUGUCAAGAGUGGUGCCAUCAUGGCCAACUUGUCGGACACGGAGAUCCAGCGUGAGAUCGGCAUCAGCAACCCACUGCACCGGCUCAAGCUGCGCCUCGCCAUCCAGGAGAUGGUCUCACUCACGUCACCUUCGGCUCCCGCCUCCUCCCGCACGUCCACAGGAAACGUGUGGAUGACACAUGAGGAGAUGGAGUCCCUUACGGCCACGACUAAGCCCGAGACCAAGGAGAUCAGCUGGGAGCAGAUCCUGGCAUAUGGCGACAUGAACCACGAGUGGGUGGGAAACGACUGGCUGCCCAGCCUGGGGCUGCCCCAAUACCGCAGCUACUUCAUGGAGUCGCUGGUGGACGCCCGCAUGUUAGACCAUCUUAACAAGAAGGAACUCCGGGGCCAACUCAAGAUGGUGGACAGCUUCCACAGGGUGAGUCUGCAUUAUGGGAUCAUGUGCCUGAAACGGCUCAACUACGACCGGAAAGACCUGGAGCGGAGGCGGGAGGAAAGUCAGACCCAGAUCCGAGACGUGAUGGUGUGGUCCAAUGAGCGGGUCAUGGGUUGGGUGUCUGGGCUGGGCCUGAAGGAAUUCGCCACGAACCUCACGGAGAGCGGGGUGCACGGGGCGCUGCUCGCCCUGGACGAGACCUUCGACUACUCCGACCUGGCCUUGCUUCUGCAGAUCCCGACGCAGAAUGCGCAGGCCCGGCAGCUCCUGGAAAAGGAAUUCAGUAACCUCAUCUCCUUGGGCACAGACAGGCGGCUGGACGAGGACAGCGCCAAGUCCUUCAGCCGCUCCCCAUCCUGGCGGAAGAUGUUCCGAGAGAAGGACCUCCGAGGCGUAACCCCCGACUCAGCUGAGAUGUUGCCCCCCAACUUUCGUUCAGCCGCAGCAGGGGCCUUGGGCUCGCCGGGGCUCCCUCUUCGCAAGCUGCAGCCGGAAGGUGGGCGGGUCCCCAAAGCGGCAGCCCUUCCCCGCUUCCCCUUCCUCAAGGCCAGACUUCUGGGAGUUCCCGCGCAGACGGCGUUUCGGUCCGGACCUAUUCCUGCUAGUGCAGGCCUCCAGGUGACCUCGCUCGGAUGGAAGAAUCUUUCAGAGGCUGGGCUGUCCCCCUUCCCGCCCAGAGUGUGGUCUCGCCGGGGAGCGCGGGCGGGGGAGCUCGCGCCGCGGACUGGACCAUCUGUACCCACUAACGGGGAGUGCGCGUCCCCGCCUCACAAAUGGACUGGGCCUGGACCAAACUACAUGAAGUGGACCGAGAGGGGGAAAGAAGAGGGCAGGAAGAAAUCCUGCCCCAAACUUCCGCCUCCCUUUUCUCUACUUUGUAAUUUAUUGACCAGUUUCCGGUGGGAGAUGGGUGCCCAUUCCCCGCGGGAAGGGGGCGGGGCUUCCCUCCUGGGCCGCAUGCGAGGGGAGGCUGCCCCCUCCCCUUUCUCCUUCCCAGUCGCGGGGCCCAAGUCUUCCUUCUUCGUCCGCAAGGAGGGGAGGGGGGACUCGCUGCUACAAGCCUCGCCCCCUGUGCCACCCAGCCCCGACCCGCCGCGUCGGGUCGCCGAUUCCCCGGGCCAGCUGUGGGCGGGGUCUCCUCGCCCUCCCCAGUGUCUCGUGUCCCCGGGGCUCCUCCGCCCCCCGUGCUGUGGCCGUGUCCGUGCCCCGGGGGUAGGGGGCGCAGAAGUGCGCUCCCCGUUCCCUUCCGGCCCCGGGGUUUGCAUGGGAGAAGCCUCUUUCCACGAUGCCACUGGGCGACGUGGCGUGGGGGGAGGGAGGACGGUGGGGGAACCCUUGCCCCCGACUCUUGGUCGGCCUCCCUGCCCCAGGCGUCACUCAGUGAUCACGGGUAAAGAGAAUUUGUUUCAAAAAGCUCCCGUGUUGACUGAUUUAUUUGUCAGGACCUUAAGAAAGCAAACCAACCCCGACGAGGACCGGGGACUCCAGGCCCCUCCUCCACCAGACCCACAAGUCCGAGUCCCUAGUUCCCCACCCGCGUUCCCCGGUGCCCCGAGAAGCCAGUGAGGUUCCGGGGAGCACGUUUAUUUAGAGAAAUA